AUGUCUAGUAACGGCUUUAAUCACACGUUCGAAGUUAGUUCUUUAGUACAACUCGAGGAACAUAUACAAAAUGAAGUUAAAAAUAUCAAUUAUUUCGUAGAAACAUCUAACCUUUUUGAAUGUUCUUCGCAUGUUGUUUUGAAAAUCUUUACUGACUGGAAAAAAGAGGACCUGGAACUAGUGCAAUUUAAAGACGGAAUUACAAACAAACUUGUCAAAUGUACCAAUAAAGCUCUUAAUUUUUCUGUCUUAAUUCGAGCUUAUGGUAAUAAAUCGGAAGUUUUAAUUGAUAGGAAACAAGAAAUUUAUAACCUUGUGACUUUGUCGAGUCUAGGAAUGUCACCACCUUUUUACGGGCGUUUUAGUAACGGGCUAGUAUAUGGUUUUAUAGAAGGAACAGCAUUUUCUGUUCCUGAUUUAAGCAAUUCAUGCAAGUCUUCACUGGUUGCCGAACAUUUGGCCGCAUGGCAUAACGUGAAUAUUGCAGGAGAAAAAAAACCAAAGUUGUUUGUUACUUUAAAAAAAUGGCUUAAGGAAGAACUUAACGCAGAGCUAACUAAUUUGGAACUGGAAUUAACGAAAGUUAAUUCACCCGUUGUAUUUUGUCAUAAUGAUCUCCUAUACGGCAACAUUAUUUACAAUGAAACCACUAAAAAAGUUUCGUUUAUUGAUUACGAAUAUGGAUGUUAUAGCUACCGAGGUUUUGAUAUCGGUAAUCAUUUUUGUGAAUUCGCCGGGUUUGAGUGUGAUUAUAGUUUAUAUCCAGAUAAAAAAUUUCAAUUGCAAUGGUUAAGACAUUACCUUAAUACAUUUAAUUCUGCUAAGGGAGAAGUGUUGAGAGAUAAUGAUGUCACAGAUAAUGAGCUUUUUACAUUAUAUCGUGAAGUCAAUAAAUUUGCAUUAGCUUCUCACUUUUAUUGGGGACUUUGGGCUUUGGUUCAAGCUCAAUUAUCCGAUAUUGAUUUCGAUUAUAUGGAAUACGCGGUCUUGCGUUUUAAAGAAUAUUAUAAACGGAAGGAUGAAUUUUUAUCAUUAUAG